UAUAUAAAAUAUGCCGUGCCAUGUCGAGGUACCAGGAUAACAUGAAUCAAUAGAACACAUCUCGUAUAAAUGUAAAGCAUCCGAUUUAAAUAACAAAUGUCAGAAUGUGUAAAAAUGAGGUUAAGUUUUCAAAAAAUGGGUCGUGGAGCCUUUAUCGUCGUCGAAGGAAUAGACAGAUGCGGCAAAACCUCCCAGACUAUCAAACUUGUGGAAUCCCUACGGAAGAAGAACAUUCGAGUGGAACGAAUGAACUUUCCAGAUCGUACAACCCAAACAGGCCAGGUGAUUUCCCACUAUUUAAGCGAUGAAACCUGUAAAUUGAACGACGAAACUAUCCAUCUGCUCUUCAGUGCGAAUCGUUGGGAGAACAUCGAUCGAAUGAAGGAGAAAUUGAGCAAUGGCGUCUCGCUGAUUGUCGAUCGGUACUCGUACUCCGGUGUUGCCUUUUCCACAGCUAAAGGAAUGUCGAUGAAGUGGUGCAUGCAGCCCGAAAUCGGCCUGUUAAAACCCGACCUGGUCCUGUUUUUGCACAUUAAUCCUGAAACUCAGUCAAGUCGGCUAGGUUUUGGAAACGAACGCUAUGAAAACACUAAAAUGCAGCAAACUGUCUCAAAGAUUUACGACCAUUUUGGAAAGACAGAGGAUAAUUGGAAGGUCAUCAGUGCCAAUGGUAGUUUCGAGGAAGUACAUGCGGAUCUGUUGUCUAAUAUUGAGGAGCAAAUCAGAAAUGUGGUUGCCGAUAAUAUUCCCUUUAAGUACUUUGUUGAUUGCGGAAAUGUACUAAAUGGAUGUUCAAAUGGGCAUUCGUAGUAAUUUUAAUGAUUUAGGUUUAAGAUUAAUUUAAAUUUUUAUUCUGUUAUAAGAAUUACGAUACCAUAGUAUUUCUAGAAGGCUAGAGCCCAAUGUGAAUGUUUUGUAAAAAAAAGUUGAAAAUUAUAAUUUAAUUUCGGA